GACAGCAGAAAGCAUCCAUCCAUCCACCUCCCCUCCUCCCUCCCUCCAUCCAGCUCGCUCGUUGCCGGCGCGCGCGUGCUCGCCCAUGGCGGCCGGCCAGUGGUCGGCCAUCGGCGACGGCGGCGGCCUCUGGUCCCCGCAGGCGCUCGAGAGCCUCUUCCCCGACGAGCAGCCGGCGGCGGCGCAGCUGGGCUUCUUCGGGGGGUCCCUCGCGCAGCUCGCUCCCCCUCCGCCGCUCUGCGCCAUCGCGCUCCUCGGGUACCCCCAGGAUAACUUUGAUGUGUUCAAUGAACAAGACCUAGCACAGGUGGCAGCACAGGUAGCUCAAAAGAAGGAGUUGCAGGAAAAACAAGCGGCGUUAUUACAUCCGAAGGUUGCACCUCAACUAGCUUUUCCUAAAUACAGUAUACUUGAUCGAGUGGACAAUUCUUCUUCUUUCAAACCGGCAACUUCAGUACUGACACCUCAGCAUGUCACUUCUGUAAUCGCGGCAUCCAUGCAGGGUAUGUCGACUUUGCCAUCACAUACUGGUAGUGGUAGUAUGAACACUGGACCAACUGGAAUUCUACAAGUGCUCCAAGGUUCAUCCACCACUCUGGACAGUAUCAACACUGGAUCAGCUGGAGUUCUACAAGUGCUCCAAGGUUCAUCCACCACUCUGGACAGUAUCAACACUGGAUCAGCUGGAUUUCUGGAAGCACUCCAAGGUUCUUCCAUCACUCUGGAUAAACCUGCUGAUGAUGGCUACAAUUGGCGUAAAUAUGGACAGAAGGCAGUCAAGGGCGGGAAGUGUCCAAGGAGCUAUUACAAAUGUACCCUGAACUGCCCGGUCAGAAAAAAUGUGGAGCACUCUGCAGAUGGACGAAUUAUUAAAAUAGUUUAUAGAGGUCAGCACUGUCAUGAACCUCCCUCAAAGAGGUUUAAAGAUUGUGGUGAUUUAUUGAACGAGUUAGAUGAACUCAAUGAUGCCGAGGAACCUUCAACCAGAUCACUAUUAGGUUGUCAAGGUUAUUAUGGAAAACCAAAACCUAUAACGCCAAAUGGCACGAUGGUGGAUGGUUUAUUGCCAACGAAGGAAGAGGGAGAUGAGCAAUUAUCUAGUUUAAGUGAUAUCCGGGAAGAUGAUGGUGAAAUAAGAACUGUUGAUGGAGAUGUUGGUGAUGCCGAUGCAAAUGAAAGGAAUGCACCAGGUCAAAAAAUUAUUGUGAGUACAACAAGCGAUGUUGAUCUUUUGGACGAUGGCUAUAGGUGGCGCAAGUAUGGACAGAAAGUGGUGAGAGGAAAUCCUCACCCAAGGAGCUAUUACAAGUGCACUUACCAAGGCUGCGACGUCAAGAAGCAUGUCGAGAGAUCUUCCCAGGAACCACAUGCUGUGAUAACUACAUACGAAGGGAAGCAUACCCAUGACGUGCCUGAGUCUAGGAACAGAAGCCAGGCCACAGGUUCACACCACUGCAAAGAGCAGACUUAUUCAGAACAACCAGCUGCUAGCUUCUGCAGUAGCUCGGAAAAAAGAAAAUACGGAACGGUCAUUCUGAACGAUCUCGCUUUCUAGUGUAAUCUUUCGGUGGUUCGUGCAAGAAAGAAACACGAUUCGAUUGGUUCUUCGAUGACGCGCCGUUGCUGCCCAUGCUCUGUUUUGCUGCAACUGUUGUAUAUUCUCCACUCCGGUUGUGAGUCUUGCAUUCCUUGCUUCAAGUGCUAUUGCAAUAGGAUAUGCAUAAGUUGUAACUGUUGAACAUGAUGAUUGUCCAUUGUUGGUUAAAACCUUCCAGUUGAACCAGCAUGACUGCGAUUCAGGUGCACAUAUUUUCUGUUGAGAACUUGGAUAUUUCAGUGAAA